AUGCCAAAGGAUCCAUUUAAUUAUGACGAUCCGCCUCCGGCUAAAAGUUUUCACUAUCUAUCGUCAAAUGGCCACGAAAGCUCUUCACUCUCCUCCCCCUCAGACGGCAGCCCAACGAAGACGAUACCUGCCCAAGCUGUCGUAACUAAAGCAGACGCUGUAAAACAGCGGAAGCGCCAUCGAAUAAUCGGCGCCAUCGCUAUCUCUCUCUUGCUUCUUAUCGCCGUAGCUGUCACCAUUGGAGUUGUUCUCGGGACACGCACUAGUUCUUCGAACAAUGAAGCGUCUACAACAGGUAUAGGAAGUAGUCGAGCUACCGCCAGUGGCGGCGCAACUACUGGCGGUAAACUCUGGGGUGUGGGCGGCGACACUAUCACGACCGAGGACGGUACCAAGUUCCUUUACAAUAACACGCUUGGCGGCACUUGGGUAGCCAUACCUUUCAACGACACAGCUAGGCCGCAAUCUGACCAACCAGCACUCUCGGAGCGUUGGGACUACGCUGCAAACCGAAUUUUGGGUGUCAACCUCGGUGGUUGGCUCGUCCUCGAACCUUUCAUCACACCCGCCCUCUUCGAACCAUAUGCUAAUCUUCCUACCCCAAUAGUUGAUGAGUGGGGAUUAAGCGUUCAGCUCGGGAAGUCUCUGGCCUCGACCCUUGAAGAUCAUUAUUCUACAUUUAUUACUGAGCAAGACUUCGCCCAGAUCGCUGCUGCCGGUCUGAAUUGGGUCCGGCUUCCUGUUGGAUGGUGGAUGAUGGAGACCUGGUCCGGAGAGCCCCUGUUAGAAGGUGUAUGCUUCAAAUACUUCCUCAAGGCAAUUACAUGGGCUCGUAAGUACGGACUGAGGAUCAAUCUCGACUUUCAUGCCGUACCAGGAUCCCAAAAUGGAUGGAAUCACAGUGGGAAGUUUGGGACUAUUGGUUUCUUGCACGGGGCGAUGGGUAUCGCCAAUGCUCAGAGGUCAUUGAACUAUAUCAGGACGCUUGCUGAGUUUAUCAGUCAACCACAAUACAAGAAUGUAGUUCCCAUGUUUUCUGUGUUGAAUGAGGCUCAGCUUUCGAUUAUUGGCUCGGCCCCGCUUCGAUCAUGGUAUUACCAAGUCUACCAACUUCUUCGAAUGAUCGGAGGUGUGGGCGAGGGUAAUGGACCUUUCAUGGUUAUUCACGAUGGGUUUGGUGGCUCUGGCGGUGGCCAGAGAGGAUGGGAUACAUACCUUCCUGGAGCUGACCGGCUCGGAUUGGACACUCACUCCUACCUAUGUUUCGGUCCCCAAAACACGGAUAGUAUGGGAUACAACUCCAUGAAGCCUUGUCUACAAUGGGCUCCACUUUUCAAUGAGACGCUGUCAGGUUUUGGCCUCAACGUGGGAGGAGAGUUUUCAUUGGCUGUGAAUGAUUGCGGCUUAUUUGUCAAUAAUGUUGGCUUUGGAACUCGAUACGAAGGAACAUAUCCUACACCAGCAACAGCCGACGGGCAAUUUAAAAAAAUGGGUACUUGCGAGUCAUGGCUAGAUCAUCGUCAGUGGUCUGCAGCUACUAAGGAGGCGUUCGCGGAUCUAGCACAGACUACGCAAGACUCAAUGCGUAAUUCGUUCUUCUGGACAUGGAAGAUCGGCAAGUCUCUUAAUCAGGAUAACCCUCCCAACCCGAUGUGGAAUUAUCUGAAUGGACUUCAAAACGGUUAUAUCAGGCCAGACGCACGGGCAAGUAACGGCAGAUGUGUUGACGUAGUGACUGCUCAGGGUGGUACUUCCGUAGUUUCUCCCUGGUCAGGGAAGCUGGCUACAUGGCAAACAGGGGGUGCUGGUGCUGGAGUAAUCGAUGCUACGGUUUCAAGUGCCUAUGCUGCCUUCCCACCGGCCCAGAUUUUAGGCGCACCGAACGGUGGUUCAUAUCAAACCGCUUCGCUACCGAAGUACGUGCAAACUGGCGCGCUGAUAACCCUGAAGCCUCUUCCGAUUGCAGGCGUGAGCAGUUCAGCUUUGGGUACCGGCUGGACCCAACCUAAUGACACUGCCAAGGCGUUUGUACCUCAACCGGGUUGUAAUUACCCAGAUCCAUGGGGUGGCGUAGGGAUUGCGCCUCCAACCCCGGUCUGCGGGAACUAA